CCACGAUAGUAAAAGGAGAGUUGGGAACAGCCCCCUAUUAAGUAGCAGAUUCUGCGCGGAGAAUCUCCCCACUUGGAAACAGGCUUCCUAUACGGACAUCUGCUGCCUGGGCUGUAAGUCACCGUCCAGCCGAAGUCUUCAACCUCCACCCUGAAGCUCAUCUAUCAGGUUUCUGCAGGGGCACCGCUGAAGAAGCUUGGGUUUAAAAACCAUAAUCAAUCCAUCUAACUACACUUCCACAGAUCCAUUCAUGCGCUGCUGAAAGGAGGCUCCAUCCCGAAGAUGAGGCAGGCUCUGGCAGCCGCCGCGCUCCUCGCACUCAUAUUACCCUCAGUGGAGGCACAAGUGGAAUCACCUUCAGGGUUGAAAUUUAAAAUUCUAAAUGAAAACACAGUGCAAAUGACAUGGAAGCGGCCAGUAUCGCAAAUAGACGGCUUCAGAAUACUUGUGACGUCUGAUACAGAAGAACUCCCUAAAGAAUCAGUGCUUCCUGCUUCAGCAACAAAGACAUCCAUUACAGAUCUGACCCCUGAUUUAAACUAUGUAGUAACAAUUGCUUCCUACAGAGGGGAUGAGGAAAGCCUCCCCAUCUCAGGCCAGCUUACGAUUCAAAGUAGCGCAGAUGGAACUCAGAGGAAACCGCAAAUCGCCGAUGCAGUUAAAUGUUCCGUCAGCACCAUUGGAGACUUGGUCUUCCUGGUGGACGGCUCAUGGAGCGUCGGGAGAGAGAACUUCAAAUUCAUCCGCAGCUUCAUCAGUGCCAUGGCAGGUGCCUUUGACAUCGCCGAGGACAAGACCAGAGUGGGGGUUGUGCAGUACAGCACAGACACCAGGACCGAGUUCAACCUGAACCAAUAUUUGAAGCGUGGUGAACUUCUCCGAGCCAUCAACAGCCUGCCUUACAAGGGCGGUAACACCAUGACAGGAGACGCCAUGGACUUCCUGCUGAAAAACUCCUUCACUGAGACCGCAGGAGCCAGGAAAGGUUUCCCUAAAGUGGCGAUGAUUAUCACAGACGGGAAGUCCCAAGACCCAGUGCAGGACUAUGCCAAGAAGCUCAGAAACACUGGGGUUGAGAUUUUUACGUUGGGGAUCAAAGGGGCGGAUGAAGAUGAGCUGAAGCAGAUGGCCUCCUCCCCUCACAACCUGCACGUUUACACUGUUCCUGACUUCAACCUCAUCAAAAACGUGCAGCGUGCCCUCAUCACCCAAGUGUGUGCCUCUGUUGACGAGCAGCUGAAUUCCCUCGUCAGCGGAGAUGAAAUGGUUGAACCAGCUUCCAACUUGCAAGUGGUAGAGGUGUCCUCCACCUCUAUGAGAAUCACUUGGGAUGCAUCUUUGGGUGAGAUCACAGGGUACAAGAUCCAGAUGAUUCCCAUGCUCGCUGGCAGCAAGAGACAGGAAUUAUACGUGGGGCCUUCCAUGACCUCCGUGAACGUCAGGGACCUGUCCCCGGAGACGGAAUAUGAGAUCAGUCUCUUUGCUCUCAGUGGUCUGACACCCAGUGAGCCUGUGAUGGCCAUGGAGAAGACUCAGCCUGUCAAGGUCUCCCUCGAAUGUUCACUGGGAGUGGAUGUGCAAGCUGAUGUGGUUCUCUUAGUGGAUGGUUCCUACAGCAUCGGCUUGGCUAAUUUUGCUAAAGUGAGAGCUUUCCUGGAAGUCCUGGUGAACUCCUUUGACAUCGGACCUAAUAAAGUCCAGAUCAGUUUGGUCCAGUACAGCAGAGACCCAUACACCGAGUUUGCCCUGAACACACACCAUGACCUGGCCUCUGUGGUUAAGGCAGUGCGGACCUUCCCCUACAGAGGAGGUUCCACCAACACCGGCCGGGCCAUGACAUACGUGAGGGAGAAGAUCUUCGUGCCGAGCAAAGGAGCACGCUUGAACGUGCCUCGAGUAAUGAUUCUCAUCACAGAUGGGAAAUCCUCUGAUGCCUUUAAAGAUCCUGCUACCAAACUCAGGAACCAGGAUGUGGAGAUCUUUGCCGUGGGUGUCAAGGAUGCUGUCCGCUCAGAGCUGGAGGCCAUCGCUAAUGCCCCAGCAGACACUCAUGUUUAUACGGUGGAGGACUUCGAUGCUUUCCAAAGGAUUUCCAAGGAACUGACACAAUCAAUCUGCCUGAGAAUUGAGCAAGAACUCCACAACAUAAGGAAAAAAACUUUACUUCCUCCGGAAUCACUCAGAUUCACAGAGGUCUCCUCCAGAAGUUUGCGCACCUCAUGGACCUCCAGUGAGACCAACGUCGAGUACUUCCUGGUCCGGUUUAAGCCUGCCGAUGACCUGACUGGAGAGUAUGUGUCCGUCUCAGUACCGGGUGACACACAUACGGUCGUCCUGCCACACCUCACGCCCCUCACCAAGUAUGAGGUGAACGUCUACGCUCAGUACGACAUAGGAGAUAGUUUUCCACUGACAGGAGAGGAAACGACCUUGGAUGAACAUGGAUCUGUAAGCAACCUCCGGGUGACUGAGGAGACGACAGACAGUUUCCGGGUGUCGUGGCAGGCGGCUCCGGGCCCGGUACUGAGGUACCGCCUGUCCUACGUGCCAGUGAGAGGAGGAGGGGAGAGGCUGCAGGCCGUGACUGCAGGCAGCGAGACCACCAUCAUCCUGCGUGAUCUGCUCCCCAUCACUACAUAUCGUGUCUCAGUGUCGCCCGAGUACCCAUCUGGUGUUGGCCCAGAGAAGCACAUCGAUGGCACCACCAAAGAGCUGGGCUCGCCACGGGACUUGCUCACGCAUGACGUCACCGACACCAGCUUCGGAGUCUCCUGGACGGCCGCCCCAGGCACCGUCCGCUCGUAUCGCCUCGUCUGGAGGUCCCUGUUCGACGGCGAUGUGGGGGAGGUUUCCGUCCCGGGGGACCUGACCAGCACUGUGCUGCGUGGACUGACGCCUGAGACCCAGUACCAGGUGUCCGUGUAUGCGACCUACAGCCAUGGAGAGGGCCGACCUCUGGAGGGCGAGGAGACCACGGAUGCCUCCGCCGCUGCGAAGCGGCUGAUGGUCUCCCAGGAGACCGAGUCCAGCAUGAGGGUAGCCUGGACGGCUGCGCCGGGGAGGGUGGCCAGCUACCGACUGAUUUACCGGAAUCUGACAGACGGGAAGCAGGCGGCCGCCAGGGUCUCGGGCGCCUCCACCAGCACGGUGCUGCGGCACCUGACUCCCGUGACGACAUACAACAUCACGGUGCUUCCCGUCUACAAGAAAGGAGAAGGAAAACCCAGGCAAGGACUAGGAACGACACUAUCCCCUUACAAAUCACCCCGGAAUCUGCAGACCUCCGAGCCCACAAAGACCAGUUUUCGGGUGUCCUGGGACCACGCCCCAGGAGAUGUCCGUGGCUACAAAGUCACCUUCCAUCCCAUUGGAAAUGAUGUGGAUCUGGAGGAGCUUCUUGUGGGGCCUUAUGACAACACUGUGGUUCUGGAGGAGCUCCGGGCUGGAACUAAGUACACAGUGAGUGUGUUUGGGAUGUUUGAUGGAGGGGAGAGUUUGCCAUUGGCUGGAGAAGAGAGAACCACAAUAAGUGAUGAUCCUGAUGGACCCGCCAUCCAUGCAACAGACGUCCAAUGUAAGACCCAGGCGAAGGCGGACAUCGUCCUGCUUGUGGACGGCUCGUGGAGCAUCGGGCGCCUGAACUUCAAAACCAUCCGGGCGUUCAUUGGCCGCAUGGUGGGCGUCUUCGACAUCGGUCCAAACAAAGUCCAGAUAGGUCUGGCUCAGUACAGCGGUGACCCCAAGACGGAGUGGCACCUGAAUGCACAUAAAACUCGCCAGUCGUUGCUGGAUGCAGUUGCUAACUUGCCCUACAAAGGGGGCAACACCAUGACAGGCCUGGCACUGAAUUUCAUACUUCAGAACAACUUCAAGGAAAGCGUUGGCAUGCGGCCAAAUUCGCGCAAGAUUGGCGUGCUCGUUACUGAUGGCAAGUCGCAGGAUGACAUCAUCGCAAGCUCCCAAAACCUACGAAAUCAAGGCAUUGAGCUGUAUGCCAUUGGUGUUAAAAAUGCUGAUGAGAAUGAGCUGAGGUCCAUCGCCUCAGACCCAGAUGAGAUCCACAUGUACAAUGUGAACGACUUCUCCUUCCUGCUUGACAUUGUGGAUGAUCUCACCGUCAACCUCUGCAACAGCGUGAAGGGCGGAGAUUCAGCAGCCCCAGAUGCACCCACUGACCUGGUGACCUCAGAGGUGACACACCACUCCUUCCGGGUCACCUGGACCGGACCCGCUGGCCCCGUGGAGAAGUACCGAGUGGAGUAUGUUGCCGUGACUGGAGGGGUCCGUGAGCAGGUCUUUGUGGACGGGACGGUCAACACUGUGGACCUGGAAGGCCUGAACGCCCUGACGGAAUAUAUCGUCAAUGUUUACUCUGUGUUCGGGCAGGAGAGCAGCGAGCCGCUGAAAGGCACUGAAACCACGUUGCCUUAUCCGGCUGCAGGGAAACUGAGGAUCACCGACGUCACCCACAGCACCAUGAAGCUGGACUGGGACGCUGCCCCAGGAAGGGUGUCCAAGUACAUCAUCACCUACAAGCCAGAGGAGGGCGAGGCCAAGGAGGUUGAGGUUGGGGGUCAUGUGACCGCAAGCGAUCUGGAGAAUCUCAUCUCCCAGACGGAGUACGACGUCGCCGUAACUCCGGUUUACGAUGUGGGUACGGGCAGCCCGAUGAUUGGACAAGCCAUCACAGAUGUGGUCCCCGCUCCGAAGAACCUGCGGUUCUCGGAGGUGACGCAGACGAGCUUCAGGGUGACGUGGGAGCACGGUGCCCCGGACGUGGCUCUCUACCGACUGGGCUGGGUGAAGAAGGGUAGCACGGAGGUCCAAUACGUCAUCCUGAACAACGACGAGACGAGCCAGCUCUUGGAGAACCUGGACCCUGACACCCUCUAUGACGUCACCGUCACGGCCAUCUACCCCGACGAGUCUGAGAGCGAGGACCUCAUGGGAAGCCAGCGCACAGUACCGUCCGGGCCGCCACGUAACCUGCAAGUGUUCAACGCCACCACCACCACGUUGACGGUGAAAUGGGACUCCGCCCCCGGCCAGGUGCAGAACUACAAGAUCACCUAUGUUCCUGCUGCCGGUGGAAAGACCCUCUCAACCCAGGUGGGACCGAAGAAGAACACUGUGCUCCUGCAGAAACUCAUCCCAGACACGCUCUACUCCAUCACAGUAGCAGCUGUGUUCCCUUCAGGGGAGACCAAGGACAUCUCAGGAAAUGGGAAGACCAAAUCUCUGGGAGGCGUGAAAAACCUGCAGGUGACUGACCCGACCAUAACGACACUGAACGUGCGCUGGGAUGCGGCCGAGGGGAAUGUGCAGCAGUACAGAAUCAGCUACGCACCGGCCGAAGGUGGCGCCGAGAUGGUGGACCAAGUUUCUGGAACCACGACAUCCACUGUUCUUAGGAAACUGCAGCCGGACACAUUGUACAGUGUUACCGUGGUACCGGUCUACGCGGAGAGGCAGGGCAUGGCUCAGACAGAGCUCGGAAAGACCAAACCCUUUGGAGGCGUGAGGAACCUGCAGGUCACUGACCCGACCAUAAAUACGCUGAACGUGCGCUGGGAGCCAGCGGAGGGGAACGUGCGGCAGUACAGGAUCAUCUACGUUCCGGCUGCGGGGGGCUCCGAGGCUGUGGACCAGGUUUCCGGAACCACGACAUCUACUGUUCUUAGGAAACUUCAGCCAGACACGUUGUACACUGUUACCGUGGUACCUGUUUAUCCAGAGGGGGAGGGCAUCGGCCAGUCGGAAAACGGAAAGACAAAACCCUUCGGAGGCGUGAGGAACCUGCAGGUCACUGACCCGACCAUGAGUACACUGAACGUGCGCUGGGAGCCAGCGGAGGGGAACGUGCGGCAGUACAGGAUCAUCUACGUCCCGGCUGCGGGGGGCUCCGAGGCUGUGGAUCAGGUUUCCGGAACCACAACUUCUACUGUUCUUAGGAAACUUCAGCCGGACAUGUUGUACACUGUUACCGUGGUACCUGUCUAUGCAGGGGGGGAGGGCAUCGCCCAAUCAGAAAAUGGAAAGACAAGGCCAUUGGCUGGAGUAAAGAACUUGCAGGUGUUUGACCCCAGCAUCAGCACCCUUAGCGUGCGCUGGGAUCCUGCCGAUGGACCUGUUCGCGAAUACAAAGUGUUCUACGUUCCCGCUGCAGGCGGCAGAGAGAACAUGGAGAAAGUUUCUGGAAGCUCAUCAUCCACAGUUUUGAAGAACCUUCAACCAGACACAGUCUACACCGUGUCAGUGGUGCCUGUGUACCCAGCAAGAGACGGGAAGAGACAGUCUGAAAAUGGCAGGACGAAGCCCUUCAGUGGAGUAAAGAAUCUGCGAGUUAUUAAUCCCACCAUCAGCAGUCUGGAUGUGCACUGGGAACCAGCUGAAGGGAAUGUCAUGGAGUACAAGGUCACCUAUGUCCCUGCAGCUGGGGGGGCCACCAACACGGAGCAAGUUCCAGGGAGCACGAGCAGCACUGUCCUGAAGAGCCUCCUCUCAGACACCCUGUACACGGUUACGGUCGUGCCGGUCUAUCCUGCAGGCGAGGGGAAGCCCGAGUCAGACAAUGGAAGGACAAGGCCUGUUGGUGGAGUGAAGAAUUUGCAGGUCACUGACCCGACCAUCAGCACCCUCAACGUGCGCUGGGAGCCAGCAGAAGGGAAUGUCCGCCAGUACCGGGUCAUCUACGUCCCGGCUGCAGGGGGCUCCGAGUCUAUGGAGCAGGUGUCGGGGGGCACGACGUACACGGUUCUCCGUGGCCUGCAAGCGGACACGGUCUACAGGGUGACAGUGGUGCCGGUGUACACCGACCGACAAGGAAAGCCCCAGUCUGACAGUGGCAAAACCAAGCCACUGGGCGGUGUGAAGAACCUCCAGGUCACGGACCCCACCAUCACCACCCUGAACGUGCGGUGGGAGCCAGCCGAGGGAAAUGUGCGGGAGUACAAGGUCUUUUACGUUCCGACUCCAGGAGACGUGGAAGAUAUGGUCCAGGUCUCCGGAGGGACGACAAGCACAGUGCUGCAUAACCUCCAUCCCGACACCCUCUAUACCGUUUCCGUGGUGCCCGUUUACCCCGAGACAGAGGGCAAACGCCAGUCUGAGAAGGGAAGAACCAGGCCUUUGGGGGGAGUUAAGAAGCUGCAGGUCACCGAUCCUACCAUCAACUCGCUCAAAGUGAGCUGGGAGCCGGCCGACGGGGACGUGCGCCAGUACAAUGUCUUCUACGUUCCAGCCACCGGGGGCACCGAACAGCUUGAUCAAGUUUCUGGAAUAACCUGGAACACCGUCCUGCGGAACCUGAAGCCAGACACAGUGUACAAGGUGUCGGUGGUUCCUGUGUACUCCGAUGCGGAGGGCAAGCGGCAGAGCGAGAACGGAAAGACCAAGCCCCUGGGCGGCGUAAAGGGCCUCCAGGUCACGGAGCCCACCACCAGCUCGCUGAAGGUGCGCUGGGAGCCAGCUGAAGGCAACGUCCGACAGUAUCGCAUCUUCUACGUGCCCAAGUCUGGAGGUGCGGAGGACAUGGAACAGGUUUCCGGGGGCACGACCAGCACAGUGCUGCGUAACCUGCUGUCAGACACACUCUAUACAGUCACCGUGGUGCCCACGUACCCAGAAGGAGAAGGCAAGCGGCAGUCUGAGAAGGGAAAGACAUUGCAACGUGUCCCACCCCGCAACAUAAAGGUGUACAACCCCACACCCAACACGCUGAACGUCCGCUGGGAGCCCGCCACAGGCCAGGUCCAGCAGUACCGGGUCAACUACGCCCCGCUCACUGGAGUCAGGCCUUCAGAAUUUGUUCUGGUGCCAGGAAACAUCAACAAUGCAUUCCUGGAUCAGCUCAUUCCCGACACGCCGUACUCCGUGGACGUCGUAGCUCUCUACGCUGAUGGACAGGGGACCGCGGUAAAAGGAGACGGCAAAACAUUGCCACGAACUGGCCCCCGGAACCUGCGAGUCUUUGGUGCCACCACUAGUACCCUCAACAUAGGCUGGGACCAUGCAGAGGGACCCGUCCAGCAGUACAAGAUCUCCUACGCUGCGACAACUGGGGACCCCAUCACGGAAUUUACUGCGGUUCCUGGCAAUAGAAACAAUGCCAUUCUGAUGAAUCUACAGCCUGACACUCCCUACCACAUCAACGUGGAAGCCAUUUACGUGGAAGGCCCAGGAGGAAAGCUGAGCGGAGAUGGACGCACAGUUGGCCUCUUGGAGCCCAGGAACCUGCGUGUCUCGGAUGAGUGGUACACACGCUUCCGGGUCUCCUGGGACCCCGCCCCAGCGCCGGUCCUGGGCUACAAGCUGGUUUAUCAGCCCACUGACAAGGAUGAGACCUUGGAGGUGUUUGUGGGCGAUGUGACCUCAUAUACCCUUCAUAACCUGUACCCCGGGACCACCUAUGACCUCAAAGUGUUUGCCCAGUACGAUGCAGGCGUCAGCGGAGCCCUCAUUGGCCAAGGGACCACAUUGUUCCUCAACGUCACCAAUCUUGAGGCCUUUGAUACUAGUUACGACAGAUUUUGUAUCAAGUGGAGCCCUCAUCGAGCCGCCACGUCUUACCGGAUCAAGCUGGAUCCCGUUGAUCCCUCUAGUAGAGGGCAGCAGGAAAUCACCAUUACUGCCGGGCAGACCCAGUACUGCUUCGUGGGCCUCUCGCCUGAUUCCGAGUACAUCUCCACGGUGUUCGUGCAAACCCCUAAUCUCGAGGGACCGGGGGUCAGUGUGAGAGAACGAACGCUGAUCAAGCCCACCAGCCCCCCCACCCCACCCCCGACCCCUCCUCCUCCUCCCACCAUCCCUCCUGCUUGGCAAGUCUGCAAAGGCGCCAAAGCGGAUGUAGUUUUCCUCAUCGACGGCUCCUGGAGUAUCGGCGAUGAUAACUUCAACAAGGUUGUGCAGUUUGUUUUUAACACCAUCGGAGCCUUUGACAUCGUCAGCCACUCGGGAAUGCAGGUGUCCAUUGCGCAGUACAGUGAUGGGGCCCAAACUGAGUUUAAAUUGAACAGCUACCAUGACAAGGGUGCCGUCCUGGCUGCUCUUCAGCUGGUCCAGUACCGCGGUGGAAAUACAAAAACUGGCAUCGCUCUAAAGCAUAUUAGUGAGAAGGUCUUCACUUCAGAAAAUGGAAUGAGGAGAAACGUGCCGAAGGUCCUGGUCGUUAUCACGGACGGCCGGUCCCAGGAUGAGGUCAAGGUCAAUGCGGCCAAGCUACAGCAAGCAGGCUACAGCGUCUUCGUUGUCGGCGUGGCUGACGUAGACUACGCCGAGUUACAGAACAUCGGAAGCAAACCCAGCGAAAGACACGUCUUUGUGGUGGACGACUUUGACGCCUUUGCCUCCAUUCAGGAUAACCUCGUGACGUUCAUCUGCGAAACUGCCACUUCAAGUUGUCCUUUGAUCUACCUGAAUGAAUUUACAUCCCCUGGCUUCAGGAUGCUGGAGGUUUUCAACUUAACGGAAAAGACUUAUGCCUCCAUCAAAGGUGUAUCAAUGGAGCCGGGCUCGUUUAACAGCUAUGCAGCCUACAGGCUCCACAAAAAUGCGUUUGUGACCCAGCCAACAACAGAAAUCCACCCUGAUGGAUUGCCACGAGCCUACACCAUCAUCUUGAUGUUCCGUCUCCUCCCUGACUCACCUACUGACGCUUUUGAUAUCUGGCAGAUCUCAGACAAGGCCAACAAGCCCGAGACUGGCGUCACUGUGGAUAUUUCCAAAAAAGCGAUAUCAUUCUAUAACAAGGACACCCGUGGCGAGAUCCAGAGAGUUAUGUUUGACAAUGACAGAGUGAAGCAGAUCUUCCACGGGAGCUUCCACAAGCUUCAUAUACUCGUGUCCCCGGAAAGCGUCAAACUCAACGUGGACUGCCAGGAAGUAGCGGCGAAGAAGAUAAAGGAAGCUGGAAACACGUCCUCCGAUGGAUACCAAGUGCUUGGCAAAAUGUCCAAGUCCAUUGGAGCCAAAGGAGAAUCGGCGACGUUCCAGCUCCAGAUGUUUGACAUUGUCUGCAGCCUCGGCUGGACGAGCAGGGACAGAUGCUGUGAUAUUCCUUCAAUGAGGGACGAGCUGAAGUGUCCGGCCCUCCCCAACGCCUGCACCUGCACGACGGCCAGCACAGGAGCCCCCGGCCCCCCCGGCCCCGCGGGUGGACCCGGCAGUAAAGGCCCUCGAGGUGAAAAGGGAGAGACCGGCCCAGCGGGCCCCAUGGGACCACGUGGCGAUCAGGGAUUACCGGGCCCCAUGGGCUUGCCGGGACCCCAGGGGCCCAGCGGCCUGUCCCUUCCCGGAGAGGCGGGUCGUCCUGGACCCAAAGGAGAUCCCGGUGACUCUGGAUUACCUGGCCCUUCUGGUCUCCCUGGGCCUGCUGGCAUCGUCGGUCCUAUCGGCCCGGCUGGUGUGAGGGGACCUCAAGGCAAAGAAGGACCUGCUGGACCCCGGGGGCCGUCGGGACCAAUGGGUCCACCGGGAGCUCCAGGAGUGCAGGGACCCGAAGGAAAGCCGGGCAAAUUGGGAGACUCGGGUGUCCCAGGAGCACCUGGUUUAAAAGGAGAUAAAGGAGACCGAGGAGACUUUGCUUCUCAGAAUAUGAUGCGCUCCAUAGCUAGACAGGUCUGUGAGCAGCUGGUCAAUGUCCAAAUGGGCAGGGUUAAUGAAAUGCUGAACCAGAUCCCCAACGGUUACCGCAGCAACAGUCCUGGGCCCCCUGGUCUUCCGGGCCCUUCUGGCAGUCAGGGGCCCCGUGGAGAGCCGGGUGCUGCUGGACGGAAUGGUUUCCCGGGAAGUCCGGGUUUGCCUGGCCCACAAGGAGAAAGAGGGCCAGCAGGUGAGAAAGGUGAGCGGGGAAGCCCUGGAUCAGGACAGAGAGGGCAGAGGGGGUCAUCCGGACCGCCUGGCCCACCAGGUGAGGCUCGGACUGGCCCACCUGGGUCACAGGGCCCCCCGGGACCCCGUGGUCCUCCUGGUCGUCAGGGCAGUACUGGGGUGAGGGGCCCCCCCGGUCCUUCUGGCUAUUGCGACUCCUCCCAGUGUGUCGGGAUUCCCUACAACGGACAAGGAUAUCCAGGCCCAUAUCUGCCUGCACCUGAAAUCGCCGUAGUCAGCAUCCCUGAGGAGGAAGACUAUGAAACCGGAAUCUCACACAACCAGCGCCGAAAGAGGUCACUGUCAAGAAAGGAACCCAAGGAGAUGCUCUCAUAAAGCUUUUUCACAUUUCAGAGCCAUUUCUAUGUGGCCUUAUCGCAUAUGACUGUUGUAAAUGUAGGUGAAUCUCCACAGGAAGUACAGGGCCGAUUACCUCCUCCUCACAUGCCAUUCAGCAUGUGAUAGUUGCGUACAGACUUGGGGUUAGCGAUGGGGCGCAUGUGUCAACAGAAACCACAAAGGAGAAAAUCUGAAAAUCUUUAAGCUUUGCUGUUCAUCCCAUUCCAUGUCUUUGCUUGUAAUAUAACGGCUUUAAAUGUUUACCAAAGAAUCCAUUCUUAAUGCUCUCAUCCUGGCAAAACCUGCAUUCCGCAAAACGUUUCUGCAAACGAGGCAAAGUCCUGUGUGCUACCCAACUCGGCACGUUCUUCUGUUAUAUGCAUCACAGUUCACCACGAGUGUUUCACAGUAAAGCUGUAUCUUGUUAUCUUGCAAUUAUAAAUGUUGACCUCUUUCUCAUUGUAAAGAGGACUGUUGAUCUGAGAUCUGCUUACAGAUUUUCAGACUUCAAAACAGCAGUUAAACUUAGUUUCCAUUUUGUUAUUUUAAACUAAAUAUGUAUUGGUUUUAUUAUCAACUCACACACAUUUUAGCCAAGGUGCAAUUGCAUGUCUGUGGUGUAUAUUUAGUGAGGCUUUUAAAAAUUCAGAAUAUACUUGUUGUUUUUAUCAGUUUCUAUUGCAGUUGGAAAUUGUCUGCAAGGCUAUGAAUAUAGAACUAUUGCACCAUGUCUUAGCUGCAAAUUGUGAAUUCCACAGGCUUAUUUUCUUAUUUAUUUCUGAAACAGAAGAGGCAUUUUUCAAUAAAACUACUGAAAAUAUA